ACUAUUUUCGUUGUUGUUGUUGUUGUUGUUUGAUGAAAUCAUCAUCAUUCAUCUGUGUUGGUUUUUCUGUGUACAUAUUUGAUUGAAAAGGAAUUUUUUUUUCAAUAAAAUGUUGCUACCAUUACGGUUAAUCAAUAUUAUUAUCUUUUCAUUUGAAUUUACUUCGAUAAUAAUAAUUUUAUUACAAAUACAAAGAUAUGAAUCAUUAUUAUCAUCAUCAUCAGAUUCAUUAUCAUUAUUGGAAAAUAUUAAUAAUUCAUCGAUUGUAAUUGGAUCAUGUUCACGACCAAAUAUACCACCAAAAGCACGAAUACGUUUUGUAUCCACUGAAAAGGUUAAAUUUGCUGAAAAUGAAACUAUUUAUAUUAUUUGUGAAGAGAAUCAAUUCCCACAUCAUGUACAAAAACGAAAAUGUCGUCAUGGACAUUGGCAUGGUAAACAGGCACGUUGUGGUAAAGCAGUUGUAACAAAAAUAAAUCGAUUAGAAGCAAGUGAAUGUUCGGGAUCGGAUCAAUCAUUAUUAUCAUUGAAUUUAACACAAUCAGAUGAAACACCAUAUCCAUUGCCACCAAAUUCAUUUCAUUUUACACGUGUACCGGAAAACACUGUACUUUCAGUAUUCGGUUCGGAUUGUUAUCGUUGGAAUAUUCAAUUUGAACAACCAGUUGAAAUACAAUAUUUAUUAAUCGAUAUUAAUAUACAGAAAAAUGAUUUAAUUAAAAAAGAACGGCCAAAAAUUGAUGUUAAUAUUAAAAAUAGAAAAUGUCAAUUAGAACAUACAAGCUAUCAAGUAAUUGAACAGGAAGAAAUAUUUGGAAAUUAUUUUUUCUGUGAUUUAUAUGAAAAUAUUACUAAAAGCAAUACAACAACAAAUACAAUGACAAAAUUGAUGCUCGAUGAUAAUAUUAUUAAAACGGAUAAUAUUGAAUUAAUUGUAAAAACAGCAAACAGUAAUCUUAGUGUUGGCCUAGAAGCGGUAUUUAUUGGUGAAACAUAUAAAAAAUUAUUAAAACAUUUGGGCAAUAAAUCUAAUAUUGAAUGUGGCCGUUUAGAAAUUGAACGAACAGGUGUUCUCGAACAGAUUGAAAUGGGACAUGUUGUAAUAAGCUGUAAUGAUUCAUUUAUAACUUCAUCAAACAAUAACAACAGUCGUGAACUUUUCACCUGUGAUGCAAAUGGAUUAUGGCAAGGUAAAUUUCCAUUAUGUUUACCAAAGACGACAUGUUCAAAAAAUGAAAUUAUCGAAACAUUAAAUCCAACAAUACAAUUGGAACAAAUUGGUAAUGUUUAUUGGAUAAAUGAUAGUGAAUGGUUGGCAAUUGAAAAAACAUGGAUACAUUAUACAUGUGCAAAUUUCGAAGGUAUUAUGGUUGGUAAAUCGGAACGUAUCUGUGUUGGAGGUCGUUGGACCAAUAAAGUUCCACAUUGUACAACAGCACUUCAAUCCGGUUCAAUUACAAUCAGUAUCAUUAUAGUUAUAUUGAUUAUAUUGAUAACAAUUUUUUCAUUAAUUGUUUAUCUAUCAAUUCGUGCACAUGGUAAAAAGAUAAAUAAAAAAUUAGAAUCAGCUAAAUAUGAAUUAGAGGAAAAAGCAUUGAAUAAACAAAUAUCAGCAUCAUCGGAUGGUUAUUAUUCAGAUAUUGGUUUAGAAACAAUAUAUGAAGAUUGUAAAGAAAUCUAUACAAUGCCUGAUUAUGAAAUGGCUGAUGAUAAUUUUUUACGUUAUGAUAUUGAUCCGGCAAGAAGAAUACAACCACAACAAUUAACAUCAACAUCAUCCGGAUCAUCAUCAUCACAACAAUUUCCAUCAUCAAUAAUAAAACAAUUACCAAUUGAACCUGAAUAUCUAACAAUGACUGAAGGUACAUUGAAUCGACCGAAAACUAAACCACCACAACCACCAUCAACCAUAAAUUAUGAUGUUUAUGAAUAUUCUAUAUGAAAUUUAAAAUCAAUCAUACCGGUAUCGGAUUGAGAAAUAGAAACAAAAAAAAAACAAACAUUGUAAAUAUCCUUAAA